UGACUGCCGCCUGCAUGGGGUUCCCAUGCGGCCCAGUCCAGACUCGGUCACCGUCCUGUAUUCCCUGCGGGGUGGGGUCGGUGUGGCCCUAGGGCAGGCCCGAAGCGGGAUGAUAAGCUGCAGGGAAAGCCAAUGUACAGAACACAGUGUUUGAUGAGCGGGAGGAAGCGUGAUGCAAACAGAAAAGUCGGGAUCCAUCAUUCCACGCACCUACUCGGUGCUUCUCGGCCUGAAGUUGUGUUCCAUACCAAGGACAGAAAUGUUCUGUUCUCCCACUCUCUGUGAAGAACCGCUGGUUUUGAUCACUGCGGCAUAAAGGAGUGUCAGAGGGAAUGACAAUGCAUUGUUCAAAAAACCCGCCGAGCCUCUGAACUCCGGCAUCAGCAAGGCUGAUAAAGAAACGAUUCAAGGCUUUCAACAUUCACUUUAAAGCAGACCCAUAAAAUACACUUCGUGUCUAAGCACAGUUAGACACAUGCAGCAGCUAUUACGAUUUUAACAGGAGAUCCCAUUACCACAUACCUUUCUCCUUUAGUGCACGACUUGAUUUGUAACCUUGGCUUUGAACUCAGAGAAAAAUGUGAUAUCAGUAGCAUUGUCACUCAAAAUGGUGAAGUACUCUGGAAAGCAAUUACAGACCGUGUGCGCUAUGCAGAAUCAGAGUCUGGAUUACAGGGAAAGUGUGCGGCUGCUGGGUCCUGUCUGUGAGGCCAUUCAUCUACACACCCUGUCUCUGACCAGGGCACAGUUUGAAAUUAAGUAUUCGCCAUGGUUCCAGUGGACAGCCUAUCCAGAGUUGUUUCUUGAAAUAUUUGAUGCCUUGGAAAGCCUGAACUCUGCUGCUGUCUCCCUCAGUGUGAUGAAACUGACUUCCUGUCUGGAGCGCGCCUUAGGUGAUGUGUUUUUACUGAUUGGAAAGGAGUGCCCCUUCCUUCUGAGAGAUCUCCUUGCAUCUGCAGAGCUUGCACAAGUCUUUGGGCAUGCUGCGAUGGACGUACUGAAAGUCUUCAUCGGGUCUCCCUGUGGACUUAACCUGAGAAACAUCCUGUGGCAUGGCUUUGCUGCUCCUCAAGACAUCCCUCCAAAGUACUGUUCAGCUAUGUUGUUGUUGACAGCAGGACUGGGUCAGUUACUGAAGAGCUACCUUCACCAAACAAAAGUCACAUUGGCCCAUCGACCUUUUGUUACUCUUACAAACCUAGAGGACGUAGCUGUUUUUCCUGGUGUUACCUAUGAGGUGCUCUCAGCAGUAGAGAACACCAUGAUGAACUCCGCCUUCAUCUUAAAAGCCAUGUUACCAUAUUGGGAAAUGGCAGUGGCCAAGUUCAAGGUGCACAGGUUUGCUGACUGCACCACGCUGUUGCUGUCACAGCUAGAAGCUGGACUCAGGAGAGUUUUUGCUGCAGUUAACAAAUGUCCUGCUAGACUCCUCACGGCCGAGUCAACAAUUCUAUAUACCACAUUUGAUGAAAUACUGGCAAAACACUUGAAUGAUGGUAGCAUCAACCAGCUUCCUCAUUUCCUGGGAGAGCCUGCCAUGGAAUUCUUGUGGGAUUUCCUGAGCUAUCAGGAGGGUCCUCGUAUCCGGGACCGUUUAAGCCAUGGGGAGAUCAACUUACGUGAAUUUCCAAGAGAAGCAGCGAGCCAGCUGCUCACGUUCUCCCUGGUGCUUCUGCUCAGGUUCACUGAGGAAGACACGCUGUCAGAGCUGAAGGAGGAAGCAGGAGUACAGAUGCUGGUUAGUCUAGCCGAAGGCUACAGAUCCCGCUGCCACCCAGCCUUCCAGCUUCAAAAGCAGGUCCUGAGCUGUGGGGAAAGCCUUAGGAUGUGGGAUGUGCUGCCUUUCCCAGAAGAGCCUCGACAGGAAGCAGCCAGAUUAGAAGAUAAUUCUGAAGCACAUGCCUGCAACACUUUAAUUAGCAAGAUUCUGUGUGAGCUCUGCCGCCAUGUGCCUGGGAGUACCUGUGCUGUAGAUGGCUCAGAUGGGCUUCCCCCCGAGAGGCGGCCCCAGCUGCUCAAGGAGCUCUGCAGCACACGCAUUCCUACCCUGUUCUGCCCCAGACUCGUCCUGGAAGUUGUGGUUCUGCUCCGAGGUAUCAGCUCCCAGUGCCAGCGUGUGUCUGACCAGGUCACUGCCUCUUUGCAGCUGAGACACAGGCAGUGGGUGGAGCGUAGGCUGCGCUCGAGGCAGCGUCAGAACUAUCUGCGCAUGCUUAACAGUGUUGGACUUCUGUCUCCUGGGCUUUACCUGAUUUUGUUGCUCCUUGCACUGGAGUUGGUCAGUGUCCAUGCUGUCCUUGGUAAAAGCGCUCCGGAGCGUCAGCAGUAUCUCAGGUUCUUAAAAUUGAUUCUGCAGUACACCGAGAACCUAGCAGCCUAUACUAACCAAGAGAAGAACAAAUGGAAUGAAGCCAUCAGUCUUACACAUGCAGUUCUGUUGAGAAUUUGGACUUUCAGUGAGAAGAAACAAAUGUUAAUGCAUUUAGCCAAAAACUCCACAAAUCAAGUUGACACAAGUUGACAAAGAAAACAGAAGUCAGGCUCCUUUUGGUCAUGAGAGAAAACUCAAGUAGAUUCAACAGCAAUUGGGUUGGGUAGCAUCCAAAGGAGGGAGGGAUUCUGUGGUCGUUCUGAUCAUGGACCAGGGAUGCUGGUAUUCUAGGGGAUAACGGAGUCAUUCCAUGGGGUGAAGAAAUAAUUGAACAUCUAGAAAGAAAGAAGACCAAGUCCUGGAGAGAGGGAAAGCAAAGCUUUACUGAAGGAAGGGUUGUGAGGGGACCCCCAGGUCCUCACCUUUCCCUUAUUGGUUCUGUGUAGAGUCUGGCCUCUGCCUGGUGUCUCUUUGCAGUGUCUUCUAGGAACAAGAGGACGCCAUCCCAGAGAGGCUGUGUGUGCUUUCCCUGUCUACCUCUGUCCCCUUAAUUCCCCCUCAGGGCUCAAGCUGUCCUUUCUCUGAAGCUUUCUGAUUUGGUGUCAUUGUGACCCCUAAGCUAGUCUUAAUGCCUACAACAGGUUUGGGUUUUCAUGUCCUCGUGGCACACACUGGAGGGUGUGGACACUGGUUUGCCCCUGGUUGCCCAGACGCACAUGGCUUCACAUAUCUUGUUAAUCACGUGUUCAUUUUAGAAGCUGUUCUUGUAUGUCUAACCAUACAAACUGGGGUGGGAUAGGCUCAGUUUGAUGUGUGGGCUAGUUACAGUUAUCCCUGGGAGCAGGAUCGUGUUCAUCUGUGUUCAUUGUAUGGGUGAGUAAUAAGCACUAGUAACCUGUGAAGAUGGAGGUCACAGAGCUGGGUGAUGGAUCCCAGGUCCCCAGUGAGCGUUUAGCAGUGAAUACAUUUCUACAUGUGAAGGCUGAGUGUAGGAGGCUCUGAAAAGUUGGAGGAGAAGAGGUCAUUGUCAUUGAAUCCCAAGAGUUCCUUGAAAUGCCACUUGGUUAUUUCAGCAUCUGGGAAGAUAAUCUUCCACUUCGAUUGGUAGUGGCUGCAUUGCCUGCAUGUGUCAUGGCUUCUUGGACCCACCUUCCAGACCUUACUGGAUAUGUCCUGCAACCAGCCAAAGAAAGAUUUCCUGUGACGCUUAAGUGAGCCAUGGAGAAGACUUUGGGGGUACUUUGUGCCAGCCGCCCAUUCCUCUUGUUCCUUUAUACUUUUAACCCCACCCCCCAACAUACAUACCAGUCAUCUUCUGGAUGAAAGAGUAAAAAUACCAAGAUACUGUUCAUCAAUUGAGAUUUGAUUGCUCCCUGGAUUUAACACCUUAUUUAAAGGAACAGUACCCUACAUAGUGCCGUAUCUUCAGUGAGUCCCGUGAAGGACACAUGAUCCGCAGACGUGAAGAUGUAUUCUACAUCUCUACAAGAACAUCUUGUUCUUAUGCAUAAUGACUUGUCCUUGUGUGUCACAUCAGGGGCACAUGAUCGUGUGUCCUUUAUUGCAGCAUGUCAAGGAAAUGUAAUCCAUAUACAUGAAGACGUGCCCUGCGUCGCAUCAGAGGUCUGUAAUUUGUGCACAAGCCAUUCUCAGCCCAUCACGUCAAGGAUCCAUCUGCUCUUCUGUGUCAUCAUUUGUUGUAGAGCAGCAGGAGGUGCUUUGUGUGUUCUAUUACUGUAGUGUGGAAAUUGAUAGUCAUUCCAAAAGGUCAAGGUCAGAUUUCUUUACUAUGUGCCAUCUCUACCUUUUGAAGUUAACUAAAAAACAGUUUGAUACCCGAACCUUAUAAAUAUCUUUUUUCCAUGGACCCUCUCCAAAUGCUGAUAGUUCUUGCUUCUCAACCCACUUUGUUAAUUAAAUAU